CGCCUCACCGCCUUUGCCUGCCGAAAGCUCGAUGAUCGAACGGCUGGAGCUGGAGCAGGGGUCUGCAUGCAGGACCCUGGCAAAAUGGGCAUACAACAUACCAUGUAACAGGAAAUUUCUGAUUCAAGGAACCAGCGAUUGGAAUCUUGACCACAACAUUCAAGCAACACACUGCUGUGUAUAAUACAAGGCAGCUCUUUUUUUAUUGAGUCAACCGGCAGUUUCGCCAUGCCACCAGGACGCACGGCUUGCUGCAGAUGGCUGGGCAGAGUUUUCAGCCUCGAGCGGCCUGCUGCGACGUCGACUUCCGAACUCCCGCUGUAUCUCUGUCCCGCAUUCCGGUCCUUGCCGUCCAGCAUUGCGACAGUCCCCCGACCGAACCGACCAUCAGGGCGCCCCGUUGCAGCUCGGCGGCUGCAUACGGAAACUGUCCCCAAAGUCCCCGAGGAGGCUCCUGCUUUGACUAAGCAGCCCUCGAGGACGCUGCCCCUGCAGUGCCAUGGCUGCGGCGCGCUGUCGCAGACGGCCGUCCCCAACGAAGCGGGCUACUAUGAUUUGUCGCGCAAGGUUGUCCGGCGAUAUUUGGGUCUGGAAGAUGGGGAUGACGCGAAACGCAAGCCGCACAGCCCUGUCGAGGACGCCGAUCAAAUUGUCAAGGAGGCCCUGAAGUCGGUUGAUGUCGACGCCCUGGCACAGCAAGGCAUCAAUCUCACGGCCCUACUCCCCGAGCGCGCGCCCCAGACCGGGGCUGAACCGGCAGCAGACACCCCGCCCCUCUGCGACCGCUGCCACAACCUGGUCCACCACUCGACCGGCAAUUCGAUAUACCACCCGAGCAUCGAGUCCCUGCGAGACACGAUCGAGGAGUCGCCCUACAAGCACAACCAUGUCUACCACGUUCUGGACGCCGCCGACUUCCCCAUGUCGCUGCUACCGAGACUGCACAGUCUCCUCGAUGUCUCGCUGCGCACGCAAAACCGCAGAGCGAAGACGGUCAAAUACCAACACGGAAGGCGGACUGAGAUGAGCUUCGUCAUCAGCAGAUCCGACCUGCUGGCACCCAAGAAGGAGCAGGUCGACUCGCUGAUGCCGUACCUCAGAGAAACACUGCGUGAGGCCCUAGGCAGGGUUGGCGGGCGUGUCAGGCUUGGAAACGUGCACUGCGUCAGCGCGAAGCGGAGCUGGUGGACCAAAGAGCUCAAAGAGAAAAUUUGGGAGCGCGGCGGCGCGGGCUGGUUGGUCGGCAAGGUCAAUGUCGGCAAGAGCCAGCUCUUCGAAGCCGUUUUCCCCAAGGGGAGGAGGGGUUUGGAAGCUCCCAAGAACCAGAUUUCCGUCGACGUGUUUCCAAGAGCCGACCCGCAAGCCACCGCGCAGCCGACCCCAGAGAGUGCAGAAGCCGCCGUCGGGCUGGACGAUGAGUUCUCCCUCCUCCCGCCGCCCCGGCCCGAGACCGACUACCCCGCCAUGCCUGUCGUCUCGCCGCUGCCAGGCACCACCGCGUCGCCGAUCCGCGUACCCUUUGGCAACGGCCGCGGCGAGCUCAUCGACCUCCCCGGCCUCGCGCGGAGCGACCUCGAGUUCCACGUGCGCGAGGACAAGCGCGCCAGUCUGAUCAUGAAGUCGCGCAUCGUGCCGGAGCAGCAGGUGCUCAAGCCCGGCAAGUCGCUCCUGCUGGGCGGCUUCAUCCGCAUCACGCCGCGCAACGUCGCCCCGGACGAGGAGCUCGUCUUCCUCGCGUACGCCUUCACCCCGAUCGAGCCGCACCUGACAUCGACCGCGAAAGCCGUGGCCGUGCAGACCCAGGCCGAGGACGCCCCCCGCGUGGAGAACAUCGCGGUCCCGGGCACCGGCGCCAAGAUCAAGCACGCCGGCGCGUUCCAGCUGCGGUACGACGUCACCAAGGCCCGGUCCGGCCCGCUGACCAGCAAGGUGGCUGUCGGGCUGAAGGUGGAGCAGUUGCCGUACCGGGUCCUGGGCAUCGACAUACUGAUCGAGGGGUGCGGGUGGGUCGAGCUGGCGGUGCAAGUGCGGACCAAGAAGUUGUUUCGCUCGCCGGUUGCCGACGGAGGAGGAGAGGAAGCCGAGAAAGCGGCUACCAUCGCGGACCAGCUGCAGACGUUGGAUCCGAGGCCUGAGCCGGUGAACGUGGAUAAGAUGCAGAAGCUCCAUGGGGGCGAGGAGCCCAACUGGCCGGUGGUUGAUGUGUACAGCCCGGAGGGCAAGUUUAUCGGGUACCGGCCGCCGAUGAACGCGUGGGUGCGCAAUAAGCCCAAGACGAAGACCGGGUCGCGGCCGAGGAAGAGCAUGAAGGGGGUCAAGAAGAUGCAGAAGGCGAUGCGCAGGGCGGCGGAGGCGGCGGAGGCGGCGGAGGCGGCCAGCGAGUGAGCCGUCAACGUUGGAUACACUAGAAACGCUUAGAAGAUGACAUAUGUAUAAUAUUGUAUCAUAGUAAUGAUGAUGUUCGGUGAUCCCAACUCUCGCCCUGCGGAUUUGAGCUGUUCUGUCCCGCAUGAUGGCCUUUCAGCACCGGAGUAGGGUAUAACUUCUAUUU